CUCGGAAACCCUAAUUUGUUUGCGACCUUCGAUCUCCAUCCAAGUGCCUUGUUUAGUCGGACGUUAAUCACAGCACCGGAGAGUACCGAAGCAAGCAAUCUGCCAUGGGGAAGGUUCACGGAUCUCUGGCUCGUGCCGGGAAGGUUAGAGGUCAAACUCCGAAAGUAGCAAAGCAAGACAAGAAGAAGAAGCCCCGUGGACGCGCGCACAAGCGUAUGCAAUACAACCGCAGAUUCGUCACUGCUGUGGUCGGAUUUGGAAAGAAGAGGGGACCCAACUCCUCCGAGAAGUAAGCAAACGGCAAAUUCAAUGGGAGCUUGUGCCGUAGAGGCAUAGUUUUGUGCGUUAUUAAGCUUUUCUCUUAUUUCUCAUAGAUGUUUCAGUUUAUUUAAGGUUUUGACCGUGUAAAAGAUAAUGGUUUUGGCAGUAUAUUAGAAGUAAUGUGAUUCUGUUCUGAAUUAUUCUU